GCUGCGUCCAUGCAGGAACAUUUUUCACCCGUCCGAAUCAGUUCCGUCAGUGGCGUACGAGGCGUUGCAUCGAUCAGUUGGGUUCGGUUGUGUUGUGUCCCCAGCCGCGUUAGUUCCCUUCGGCGGCGGUACAUAGUUCUUCGAUUCGCGCACCUUAAUUAAUCUUGUCAUUUCCUCCCACGAAACGCUGCCGUCGAGGACGGUACGGAACGGAACGGGACGGGUGGUGGUGCCGCAGCAAUAUCUGUGAUAGCGUGUGUGAACGACCGAUGUGUGGAUAGGAUAAGUGAGCAGGAAAGGGCACGUGGCCGGUUCACUCCUUUUCCAUUUUCCGCCGGUGCUUUUUCGUGUGGUAACCCCGUGGCGUUCGAUGCGAGCAAGAAGCUAUGGCAAUCUAAUUAGUGCAAACAAUAAUCGAUGAGUGAUUAGUGAGAAAGCGAAUACAUCGAAGAAUAGUUUUAGUGUGUUUGAUUUAAGUCUAACUCGUUGAAAAGCUCGCACAAAGUGAAAUGCUCGUUCCACCGGAGAUGAUUGCCGUGCAAUCGAAACUCAUCUAUCAGAUGAACAAAUACUGCGCCGACCGGGUCCAGGUCCGGAAGGCUCAGAUUCACAAAACCAUUCAGGAAGUGUGUCGCGUUGUUCAGGACGUCCUGAAGGAGGUCGAAGUCCAGGAACCACGAUUUAUCUCCUCCCUCAAUGAUUACAACGGCCGGUUCGACGGGCUGGAAGUCGUUUCCCCGACGGAGUUUGAAAUCAUCAUCUACCUCAACCAGAUGGGAGUGCUGAAUUUCGUAGACGACGGAACCCUGCCAGGGUGCGCGGUGCUAAAACUGAGCGAUGGCCGCAAACGUUCGAUGUCGCUGUGGGUCGAGUUUAUUACCGCCUCCGGGUAUCUGUCGGCACGGAAGAUUCGCUCCCGCUUCCAAACGCUGGUGGCGCAAGCAUGUGAUAAGUGCGCCUACCGGGAUUCAGUUAAAAUGAUUGCCGACACCACCGAGGUUAAGCUACGGAUACGGGAACGGAUCAUAGUACAAAUUACUCCGGCUUUUAAAUGUGCCGGGCUGUGGCCUCGCUCGGCGUCACACUGGCCACUGCCGCAGAUUCCGUGGCCACAUCCGAACAUUGUUUCCGAGGUGAAAACGGAAGGAUUCGAUAUGCUGUCCAAGGAGUGUAUUGCCCUCCAGGGGAAAAAUUCGGCGAUGGAGGGGGAUGCGUGGGUUCUCAGCUUUACCGAGGCGGAAAAUAAACUACUGCAAGGGAUUGGUCCAACCGGAGGCUGCCGACGGCGAUGUCUCAGCAUCCUGAAAACCCUACGCGAUCGGCACCUGGACCUACCCGGCAAUCCGGUCUCGUCCUACGUAAUGAAAACCCUACUGCUGUACGAGUGCGAAAAGCACCCACGCGAGAUGGAAUGGGACGAAAACUGUAUGGGCGAUCGGAUCAACGGAAUCUUCCUGCAGUUGAUCUCCUGUUUGCAGUGCCGCCGCUGUCCGCACUACUUCCUACCGAACAUGGACCUGUUCAAGGGCAAAUCACCCGGGGCGCUGGAGAACGCCUCCAAGCAGGUCUGGCGACUGACUAGGAUAAUGCUCACCAACUCGCGGUGUCUCGAGGAACUGUAGGGAGGGAGGGGGCGGUAAGUGAAAUAAGCGGGAAAAAAAUCAAAAGUCAUGAAAGAGAGUGUGUGGUUCGUACUUCGUACUAGUUCAAGUCCUAAAUUAUAACCUACGCAGUAUACUUUUACGAAUAGAUUACCUAUGGAAUAAAAAUCGCAUAAAUAAAAGUAACUUAUGUCUAACCAGUAAGAAAUUGACGUAUACCUAUUAGUAGUAGCAAAUAAAUGAAUAAGAAAAACUAUAACUCGAACACUUCGAAGCAAGAGUACUACUGAACUUGGAUGUCGAAAAAAUAAAACAAUUUUACUCAAAACAACUUUGACAAAUCA